UGGUCGCAGAAUCUUUUAGACGCAGUCCAAACACAGCCUCCCAUCCUCAGAGAGUGAAGCCAUGAGCUUGCAAUGUUGCUUGGGAUUGGGAGGGACGACCUUCCACACCCUCAAACUCGCAGCAAUUCCAUCAUCUUACUCUUCCAUUUUCAGACCCCUCUCCAAAACCCUAACCCUAGACCUCCUUCUCCAUCCCCACCAUUCUCCCCGAAGGCCCUCACUUCCACUUUUCGCCAGAGCUCUCUCAGCCCCAGCCAUCCAAACCACAAUUCCCGAAGAUAAAGUUGUGAAACCUCAAUGGAAAGCGUCCAUAGAUUUCAAGUGGAUUCGGGACAAUAGAGUCGAUGUUGCUGCCAACAUUAGGAACCGACAUUCCAAUGCUGACUUGGAACUGGUUCUUCAACUGUAUGAGAGAUUGUUAAAUGUUCAGAAGGUUAGGGUUUUAUUACAUCUCCAUUGUUUUCAGGGGUAUUUUAAUUGUUGGGCAAUCUGUUUUGUUGAUUGUUGAGUGUAUCAUUGUUUGGAUUUCUUUUAUUGUCAAGGACAUUGCAAUAAGGACAAAAAUAUUGAAAAUUUGAAAUGAAGUGAUAACUAAAACCUUGCCAGAAAGUCUUAGUUUUACCAUCAUAUGAUAACUUUCGAUUGAAACGAGAAACAACUUUUUAGACUCUGCAAAGUUAAGAAAGGCCUCAAUUAACCACCGUGGUUUAAUGUCAAAAUUGUCACUAAAUCAAUUGGAAGAGCAUUGUGAUGAAAUUAAGCUUUCUUCUUUGUGUGAGUUUGAGAAGACUUGUUGAAGGUGCUUUUCAAUGUACUUACAUGACGAGUUGUGUGUAUUGUGGAGAUGUUUUGUUUUCACGUGAUAUAAGAGUAUAGAGAGUUCUAUACCAGUUGCAUGCUAACCUAUGCAAGUCUAAAAUUUAUCUUGUUAAUGAGCCAUACUCAUAAGAAUGUGCAAAAAUUUCUUAAAUUUGUGCAUGAGUGACUGACGCAGUUUUGAGACUUCGAGCCUUACACCUUGUGAGAAUUUCUUCUUUUUUAACCCUACAAUUGUUUGAUGCAUUUUCAAGAAGCUUUGGCCUAAGUUGAGUCAGCGAGUCUUGAAAUUGUAUUUGAGUCCACUACCUCGAGGC